AUGGCAGGCCAUUUCCAGCAAAUUCUUGCUUCCUCAGAUCUGACUCGCUUUGUUCCCUUUGCUAUAUUUGUUUGCACUGCGAGCUUGAUCAUUGUUUUGUGUCUACUGGGAUUCAGUUUCAUGUUCAAGGAGAGAAAUCCGAUUUCGACGAGGAUAGAAUUGGCUUGCUUGGGACUGGCAGGGACAUUGUGGCUAGUUCUGGGGGUGUACUUGACAACAUCAGAAUCGCAAGAUGCUGACGUGGAAUGCUUUGCAUCGGAGUCGGACGUCGUCCCCAUGGACGAAUCCAUUGCAGCUUUCCAAACGGAUCAGUAUCAAGCGAUGUAUAGAGUCCUCAUGACCUUCGCAUUGCUCAAUGCCAUUCUUUUGCUCUUUUCGUUCUUCACCUUGCUUGCCCUGGCAGUGAUGCGACACCGGUCCGGAGACGAGCACAUGUGGUAUGGACCCGUCACAUCCUGUGCAUGGUUCAACCGCUACAACAAGUCAUCCGGUCUGCCUGGUCCCGGCGGUAAACCUGGAACCAGAGCCGUGGCGUACACCGAGAAGCCCAGACGGACUCGUUCGCGAUCGCAGGCUUCGCCACGUCAACCCACGGCUGCUGUUCACAACGAUCGCGGGCGCACACAGAGAACAGUAAGACACGAUGCAUACGCAAGAGGCGCCUCCCCACGAAGAUAA